GGAAGUUGAAUUGUUGUAGUCGGACACUGGCGAAAACACAAGAGUGGUCGCAAGGAGGCGGCGAAACUGAAUUAUAAACACACCUUGUGUGCUAAAUAGAGCACGAAGUGAUCGCCAAAGGCCAAUUAAGUUCAAGAAACGCGCGGAGAUAGAAAAAAACACGAAAUAGUGGCCCCUGUACGCUAGACAUAACCUCUGAAGUCCUCUGUGGUUGGGCGAAACGAGGCGGGAGGCGAUGGAGCCUUCACCGGCAAAGGGGAAACCACAGGGUCGCCUGUUGGUAUCCACGACCCUGGAUGCAAAAGAUGAACUGGAGGAGCGGUUUGAAAGAUGCGUCGGUAUUGUCACUUCCAUGACAAAUGCCCUGUCAGAGCGAGAAGCCAAUGAUGCACUGACCGCCCAUGUCUGUAAGGGACCCCAGCAGCAUGAAGAAGUGUGUUUGGGCCUUUUUACUGUAAUACUCACAGAGCCAUCUCAGGCACAACGGUGUUACCGGGACCUGGCGUUGAUUAACCGCGAUGGCAUGAAUGUGGUCCUCAUGAAGAUCAAUCAGAUCCUCAUGGAGAAAUUCCUCAAGCUACAGGAUGUCUGUCGCACACAGCUGGUGUGGGUGGUGCGAGAGCUGGUGAAGAGUGGAGUUAUUGGGGCUGAUGGGGUACUCAUGACCCUCAUGAAACAGAUAGCAGGUGGAGACAUCUCUAGUAAGAACCUGUGGUUGGCCGAGAGCGUCCUGGACAUCUUGCUAGAUCAGAAAGAGUGGGUGUUGAAGAGCGGGAUGCUGGUUGCCAUGUCUGUGUACACGUACCUGCGUCUGAUGGUGGACCAUGGCACCCCCAACCUGGCGAUUUUCAGGCAGAAAGAGGUGGACUUCUGUAUCAGCCUGCUACGCGAGAAGUUCAUGGAUUGCUAUGUCAUCGGGAGAGACCUGGUGCGGUUGCUGCAAAACGUGGCGCGGAUACCGGAGAUGGAGCUCCUCUGGAAGGACCUGCUGCACAAACCACAGACGCUCAGCCCACAGUUCACAGGAGUGCUGCAGCUUCUGUCGUCUCGGACGUCGAGGAAGUUCCUGGCAUGCCGGCUGACCCCCGACAUGGAGACCAAGCUCUUAUUCAUGACCUCACGGGUGCGCUUUGGGCAGCAGAAGCGCUACCAGGACUGGUUCCAGCGCCAGUACCUGUCCACGGCCGAGAGCCAGUCGCUACGCUGCGACCUGAUUCGCUACAUCUGUGGCGUGGUCCACCCGUCCAAUGAGGUGCUGAGCUCAGACAUCCUGCCGCGCUGGGCCAUCAUCGGUUGGCUUCUCACCACCUGCACGUCAAACGUGGCGGCCUCCAAUGCCAAGCUUGCGCUCUUCUAUGAUUGGUUGUUCUUCAGCCCCGAGAAGGACAGCAUCAUGAAUAUCGAGCCGGCCAUCCUGGUGAUGCAUCACUCUAUGAAGCCCCAUCCUGCCAUCACCGCCACGCUGCUGGACUUCAUGUGUCGGAUCAUCCCUCACUUCUUUCCUCCCCUGGAGACGCAAGUGCGUCAGGGGGUCUUCAACUCCCUCACCUUCAUCAUGGAGAAGAGGGUGCUAGCUCAUCUGGCUCCCUUGUUUGAUAACCCCAAGCUAGAUCGUGAGCUGCGCUCCAUGUUACGGGAUCGAUUCCCAGAGUUCUGCAGUUCGCCCUCGCCACCCACGGAAGAUGAGGUGCUAAAGCAAGAAGUGAAAAUGGAGGAUCCUGUGCCAUUGGAUGUGGAUAACCACGUGCUGGACAAGGAGGACGGUUGCUAUGACCACCCAGAAGCCGCGUUCAGCGAUGACGAAGAGGAGAUCAAUAACAAAGCCGGCAAAAAACGGGAUUUCCGGUUCCUUCCAAUCAAAGAGGAGUACAUUGAUGAGCCCGUUGACAUCACACCGUACGUGGACCAAUUGGAGGAUCCGCUGAAGGAGAAAGUGUUACAACUACAGAAAGAGAGUGACAUGGAGGUGCAAUGUGAAGUCAUGCAGGAGAUUGUGGACCUCAUACUUGAGGAUUUUGACUCGGAGCAGAUGUCCACUCUGGCCUCGUGUUUGGCCGAGCUCUUCAAGGGACACUUCAGGGGAGACGUGCUGCCUGACGAGAUCACAGAAGAGUCGUUGGAGGAGUCUGUGAGUAAGCCGGUGUGUCUAGUGUUCCGUAACCUGUGUCAGAUGCAGGAGGACAACAGCAGCUUCUCCGUGCUGCUGGACAUGCUGGCUGAGCUCUACCAGAAACAGCCCAAAAUAGGAUACCACCUACUCUACUACCUAAAGGCCAGUAAGGCGGCGGCAGGUAAGAUGAACCUGUACGAGGCGUUUGCUCAGGCGACCGCGCUGGGAGACCUGCACACCUGCCUCAUGAUGGACAUGAAGGCCUGUCAAGAGGACGACGUACGCCUACUCUGCUACCUCACGCCCUCCAUAUACUCAGAGUUCCCAGACGAGACGCUACGGAGUGGAGAACUCCUCAAUAUGAUUGUAGCCGUUAUCGACUCCACGCAGCUUCAGGAGCUAAUGUGCCACGUCAUGAUGGGAAACCUGGUGAUGUUCCGCAAAGACUCAGUGCUCAACAUACUCAUUCAGUCCCUGGACUGGGAGACGUUUGAGCAGUACAGCACGUGGCAACUCUUCCUGGCGCACAGCAUCCCUUUGGAAACCAUCAUCCCCAUCUUACAACACCUCAAAUACAAAGAACACCCUGAGGCUCUAUCAUGUCUUCUGCUGCAGCUACGAAGGGAAAAGCCGAUGGAGGAGAUGGUGAAGAUGGUUUUGAGUCGUCCGUGCCACCACGAGGACCAGUUCACCACCAGCAUCCUGCGCCACUGGGCUGCCAAACACGACGACCUGCUGGGGGAACACAUCAAGGCCCUGCUCAUCAAGAACAACAACCUGCCACGCAAGAGACAGAGUCUACGCAGUUCCAGCAGUAAGUUGGCACAGCUGACCCUGGAACAGAUGCUGGAACACCUGGACAACCUGAGACUCAACCUCAUCAACAUCAAGAACAACUUCUUCACCCAGACGCCAAUACUCCAGGCCCUACAGCAUGUCCAGGCCAGCUGUGACGAGGCCCACAAGAUGAGGUUCAGCGAUCUCUUUGCCCUGGCUGAGGAGUAUGAGGACUCCACGAAGCCCCCCAAGUCCCGACGCAAGGCCCCAGCCUCGUCGCCCCGCUCACGCAAGGGGGCCGCACCGCCCACCAACAACGAGGAGGACAGCGCCUCCAGCAGUGCUUCUGAGGAAGAGGAAGAGGUCUCCAAGCCGAAGGCCCCAAAGAGGAAGAGGAAAGGCUCCUCAGCCGUGGGCUCCGACAGUGACUGAGGAAACCUGUCUCCUCGCCCACCAAUCACAUCCCAUCUGCUAUUGUGACAUCACUGGAGACUGGACCAUUUGCCCAAUCACAACACUCCAACCCAACCUUGGAGCGACCCUGCCCUCACCACCAACAAACCUAGCUCACUACAGAGGGGGAGGGACUUCUUCUUGGACUCUCAAAUGGCCAUUGGCUGGAGCCAGACAAAUAGCUCCUCCCCCCUUCCUGCUCAUUGGGUGGAUCCCAGUGGGUAUGGCUUAGGGGGCCGGGGGUGGGUGGGAACACAUGGAGAUGCGACAAGCGUGAAAACGGUCCAGAAUCCCCCCUUUGAGCAUACACACACAGACAGCUAGGCAGACACAGACAGACAGACAGACAGCAAGGCAGACAGGCUUACAAGUAAAUGUCUCCCUAUGACAACAACAGAGGUCAGGGGGUUCAUGUAUUUCAUCCUCUGUGCGGUCAGUCAGCACACCUUUUUUUUAAAUAAAUAAAUAAAUAAAGACGUAGACAGCCCAGGCUUUUUUUAAAGUCCACACUGCCCCCUGGACAGAUACACGUAGGCAGAGUUCAACGCUAUAGUGAGUACAGGUUAUUUGCUAGGAGUAGUACUGCGGUACUUCCAGUACGUCAACCACAAGGACUUGUGAAAAAAGGGACUCUUGAUAUGUGAUAUGGGAUUGAUAAUAUUGACAAUGGACUUUUACUCCUUCCCCUGAACCCUAAACCCCCCCACGCCACACCACGCCACGCUCCCCUUCUUGUUCCCCUCUCUGCCCUGGUUGGCCAUCCCAGUGGAGAGGCGGGGCCAAUGGAUUUUGACACUGGAACAUCUAGUCCAUGAUUCGUUUCCAGAUGGAGAGGCGGGGCAAUAGAUGGUUGACACGGAGGAUCUCCUUUGCCAUUGGGUAGUUUUCAUAACGGUGAGAUGGGACAAUGGACAGCGACACGGACGACUCUCCCUUGCCAUUGGUUAUUUUCCUAACGAGGAGGCGGGCGAUGGAUUUGGACUCUUAGGAUUUCCCUUGUCAUUGGUUAGUUUUUACCACAGAACUGCAGUGGUGUGUGGCAACGGAGGGGGACUGUACAGGUGAAGAACUCACACAUCGACAGACUUUUUAAAGAAAAUUUCUUUCUACUGACAUAUUUUCAUAAAAAAGAUCAUAACUAUGUCAAAUGAUUAUGAUAUUAAUAAAAAAGGGCUAAAAAGCUGUUUGUGCCUGUUUCAUAUACACAGAAGCUUAGUCAUGACAAACUGCAGCCAUGCGGACACUCAUGCUGGAUCUCAAAUGGUGCACUUGUGCACUUCAGUGUUGAAGGGACACAGUGUAGGAAAUGGUCAAAAAAGGUACUGCAACUAUGGUGCUCAUUGAAACUGGGCUGCCUAUUGCCAAAUUUGAUGUUUACAUGAAAGUUUACAAGUAAUAAACAAAUAGUUUCUAGUA